UUAUUCUUGUGGGGGUGGGGGGCACAAUUAUUAUUCUUGUGAACUUUUGUUUUGGUGAUAUCAUACUGGCCCUGCCCUUCUCUUCUCAUAACCCCACAACUUAACCCCUUUUUUUUUUCAGAUCAUCCUCCCUAAUCAGAAACUAAAUUAGAUAAUCACGAAAAGGCUGGAGACUGCAAAAGGCUGCUAUUCUCAUCUCUUGCCCCAAGUGUAGCUGUUGGUAGAUGUGUUCAUAUUCAUCUUCUAAACUUGAGGGCUAAACUUUCUCUAUGGCUUCCAGGAGUAGCAUCCGUCUGAUAUCAUACUCAGAAGAGAUUAUAAAUGGUGAACCUAUCUAUAUUUCCUCGAACUGCUGUCCUAUUAAAGCUCACAAAUAUGAGCCUGCUGGGCUUGCUUUUCACUCUGCUGCUCUUAGACUGAUUGGCCAUGUUGAGAAAGAAGACCCCAAAGACAGUAAAGAAAAUGUUCCUAAUGACAAGGAACAGACAUUUACAUAUUCAUCAGAAUCAUACAGCUCUAAGGGUAAAAAGAAAUCUUCUACUGGGGAAAAGGUACAAGAUCAUUAUGCAUUGUUAGGUUUGAGCCAUCUAAGGUAUCUUGCUUCUGAGGAUCAGAUAAGGAAGAGCUACCGUGAUGCUGCAUUGAAGCAUCAUCCUGACAAGCUGGCUUCUCUUCUUCUAGCCGAGAGAACUGAAGCCGCAAAACAAGCUGAGAAGGAGGAAAUAGAAAACCACUUCAAAGCUAUUCAGGAAGGAUAUGAGGUUCUUAUUGACCCUGUUAGAAGAAGGAUUUAUGACUCCACAGAUGAAUUUGAUGAUGAAAUCCCAACUGAUUGUGCUCCACAAGAUUUUUUCAAGGUCUUUGGACCUGCAUUUUUAAGGAAUGGCCGUUGGUCAGUUACCCAACUUAUCCCCUCGUUAGGUGAUGAGAAUACUCCAAUUAAUCAAGUGGAUAGCUUUUAUAAUUUCUGGUACAGCUUCAAAAGCUGGAGAGAGGUCCCACAUGCUGAUGAGUUUGACCUUGAACAAGCUGAAUCUCGUGAUCACAAGAGGUGGAUGGAAAGGCAGAAUGCAAAACUGUCAGAGAAGGCCAGAAAGGAAGAAUCUGCUAGGGUACGUACACUUGUUGACAAUGCCUAUAGAAGAGACCCUAGAAUCUUAGGAAGAAAAGAGGCCAAGAAAGCAGAGAAGCAGAGAAAGAAAAAAGCUAAGAUACUGGCGAAGAAAUUACAGGAGGAAGAAGCAGCUAGGAUUGUUAAAGAGGAAAAGCGUAAGAAAGAGGAGGAGGGAAAAAAAGCUGCUGAAGCUGCUUUGCAGCAGAAGAAGUUGAAGGAGAAAGAAAAGAAAUUAUUGCGAAAAGAGCGUAGUCGUUUAAGAACCCUUGCAGCUCCUGUGUUGUCCCAGCAUAUGCUUGGGCUAACUGAUGAUGAUGUAGAAGGUAUAUGCAUGUCAUUUGACAUUGAAAAACUGAGGAACUUAUGUGAUAAAGCCGAUGGAAAGGGUGAGCUUGUGAUAGCUGAACUUCUCAGGGAGGCGCUUGGACGUGAACACAACUUGAAAUAUGAGAAUAAAGUUGAAAAGAGUAAGUCACAGCAAAAUGGUUCUCUGGAGAAUAAAAAACAAGUUCCUCUGAUGAGCAGUGAGAAAAAGGAGAAACCUUGGAGCAAAGAAGAAAUUGAUCUUUUGAGAAAGGGGAUGGUGAAAUAUCCUAAAGGAACUUCUCGAAGAUGGGAAGUUAUUUCUGAAUAUAUUGGUACUGCAAGGACAGUUGAAGAGAUCCUAAAGGCUACAAAAACAGUUCUGCUCCAGAAGCCUGACUCUGCUAAAGCCUUCGACUCCUUCCUUGAGAAAAGAAAGCCAGCACCGACUAUUGUCUCUCCUCUUUCCACGAGGGCAGAAGUAGAAGGGGUAGAAAACAGUAGCAAGCUUGAAGGUGAAAGUGCUAAAUUAGCUGAUUCUCAGGAGUCCCCUAAUCAAAGCACAAACAGCCAGAACACUGAGGACGCACCUGGAGCAAACGGGGUUUCCUCGAGUUCUGAUUCCGACAUAUGGUCCGCUGUUCAAGAAAAAGCUUUAGUUCAAGCUCUGAAAACCUUCCCCAAGGAAACCAGCCAGCGGUGGGAAAAAGUUUCGACUGCAGUCCCUGGGAAGACCAUCAACCAGUGUAAAAAGAAGUUUGCAUUACUCAAAGAGAACUUCAGGAACAAGAAGAGUGCCCUGUGAGGUAUUCGUACUUACGGGUUUGCCUACUAAACCCCUCUACACUUAAAAACUGAGCAUUUUAAACCCCUCUGACCGUUGACCAAACGCGUGGCAUUAAUCGUGCUGAGUUGGACAAACUGCGUGAGAUACAAGCGUAUUAAGAGCGUGAAUUUGAUAUUUUUGAUUAAAAAUAAAUAUUUUCAAAAGAAGAAAAAAAGAAAACAAAAAAAAUAAUUAAGCAAAAGAAAUUUCCUAGCCCUGUUCAUCUCCUUGUUCACCCUCAUUAAAAAAAUUUUUAAAAAAAAAAGAAGAAAAAACCAGCCCCACCCAUGUUCAUCUUCUUCUUGCAAUCUUGAUGGCAAAAGUCUAACCCAUCUCUGCAAAUCUUCUUUCAACAUAAACCUACCAAAGCAUCACAACAACAAAACCCAAUACCCAAUCUAUAACCCUUCUUUUCCACACAUUAAUUGAAAAUUCAAAAAGAGUUAAACCUAAACCCCCCAAAACACAUCAAUUUCUAAAUUCUUCCACAAAAUUAAUCACAAUCCUACAUCAAUAAUUACCAAAGGGACAACCCAAAAUCCCCAAUUUAUGUUCUUUCUUCUUCUUCAUC